AUGAUUGGCGGCGGCGGCGACCAGACGAUCGAAGCCGAAACAAGCAUCGGCGUAGCCGGCGAAGAACUUCGCCCUGUUCCGUUGACCGCUCGGACGUCGGUGACGUCGCAUUUUAUUUGCGGCGGCGGCAAAAACCGCCCGCUAGUCGGUUUUUCGUUCUCGAAGCUUCGUCGCCGGCUGGCUGAGGCAGUUGGUGACCGCCAAGGUCGGCCAUUGGAGUUGAAGUUGACCUGCGCUCGAAGUGCGUUUUGGGCCGUCCAGGCAGCUGCUGCCACCUCAGCCGAUUCGGCCACCUCUCCGAGCAACCUUUUUGUCGAAUUUUUUACGUCGCUGAGGAUCGUACUGACUUUUGAGGAGGCGUUCGAUGUGUACCGAGCCGGCACGUCUGCGCAAGCGAACCUCGUUAGCUCUGGACCGAACUCGCCGUCGCGAAGUAUGCCGCAUUCGUAUCCCUCACAAUUCCCUCACUCCUUCAGGCUUUUCGUUCCCCUUUUACCGUACACCUCCAAAAUGAACAGCGGUUGUACCGGGCCUUGCAGCGCUGAUUUUCUUUUCCACCUCGCGGCGAUGAGGCCUUAUUCUGUCAUCGUCAACCGGGUGGCCAGUGUGAUGACGUGUGAUCUUACCUGUACUUUUGUCGGUUUGUGCAAGAAGUGGCAGACUCGUCGGCCAGCGGUUCUGUUCAAAGGCGCGCAAGACAAGUUUUUAGCUGUUCUCGAAUCCGUUCACCGAACGCGCAUCACGUUGUGUAUCGAACAUCGCAUCAGGACGUCGAAGCGCUCGACGUUGCUUGCCGACCCACAGGCGGUAGGCCUUAAUCGUGAUGAGGACACGAGCGGCAUGUCAGCGUUAUUUCAGUCACCCCCCCGUAAAUCGCACAAACAUUGAGU